UAUGACUAGCUGUGGUCGCACCCUGCUACCACUGGGCCAACCAGAAUAACAUGUACCGUUGACUAUACCACAGUUGAUGGAUGUGGCUGUGAUGAAGACACUUACCUAGAUGACAAAGGAAUGUGUGUGUCUGCUUCAAAAUGCCCCUGCUAUCUGGGAGACACAGUGGUGGCCUUGAAUGAGAAAGUCAAGAUCAAUGGACAAGUCUGCACAUGCAAAGGAGGAAAAUUAAGCUGUCCUCAAAUGGAAGAACUUACAUCAUGCACAUCUCCCAUGUAUUUGGUCAACUGUUCAACACCAUCAACAACACCCAUGCAAGGAGCUGAGUGUCAAAACAGCUGCCAAACUCUGGAUUUUGAAUGUCUCGGUACACAGUGUGUGACAGGCUGCGUAUGCCCUGAUAACAUGGUGUCAGAUGGUAAAGGAGGCUGUAUCACUGAGGACCAAUGUCCUUGCACACAUAAUGGAGACUCCUAUGAACCUGGACACACUCUCAAAGUGGAAUGCAAUACCUGCACAUGUGAAAAGCGAAAAUGGAGCUGCACGAAAUAUGACUGCGAAAAAACUUGUACCAAAUACGGAAUCGGGCAUAUCAUCACUUUUGAUGAGCUGACAUAUACCUUUAAGGGUGACUGUGAAUAUGUCUUCGCAGAGGAUUACUGUGGAAAGUCCUCAGAGGGAUCUUUCAGAAUUCUGAUUCAGGAUGUGGCAUGUGAAGUAGCCGAUAGCAUCUGCUCCACGAACGCCAAGAUUAUUUUAGGGGGGGAUCAAAUUAAGUUGUCCGAUGGCAAAGCUACAAUUACCACAGACAACCCAAGGGAUGAUCUACCUUUCCAUAUCCAACCAAUGGGUACAUAUAUUAUCAUAGAGAUAAAUAUUGGAAUUACUGUCAUUUGGAAUAAGCAGACAUCACUGAUGAUAAAACUUGACUAUGCAUACAAGGAAAAAAUAUGCGGCCUGUGUGGGAAUUAUGAUGACAUUUCCAGCAGCGAUUUGACUACCAGAAACCAUCAAGAGGUGACGAGCCCAUAUGUUUUGGAAACAGAGCUGGAAAACUUCACCAGGCUGCCAGGAUGCAAGCGAGCCUUCCGAUCCUUGUGAAUUAUACUCGUACAGAGGACAUGGGUGGACAACACUGCAAACAUUAUCAUCAGUGAUGUAUUUUCUAAUUGCCAUUCAAAGGUGGAGCCCAAGUCCUAUAUCGAGGCCUGUAAGAGAGAUACAUGCGCCUGCCAAUUCGGGGGGAGAUUGUGAGUGCUUCUGCACAGUGGUGCAGGCCUAUGCAGCAGCCUGUAAUGAGGCAGGAGCCUGUAUAAAAUGGAGAACUCCCACAUUGUGCCCAAUAUUCUGUGAUUAUUACAAUCCUGAUGGGGAGUGUGAAUGGCAUUACAAGCCUUGUGGAAAUGCAUGCAUGAAGACUUGCAGGAAUCCCUCAGGACUUUGCAACGAUAC